CGCUGAUUGGCUGGCGUGCCACACCAAUGAAUUAGUGAGCUAUCUGAGAGGGCAGGACACGGUGAUCACUCAGAGCUCUGAUUGGAUGAGACUCGCUACGUUCUGAUUUUGAAUGUAAUUGGAGGGAAGAAGGAGAGCUGGGUGUGCGCGGCGGGGAUCCGGCACCUGGGAGCGGCCUCCGUCCGUCAGAGCCACGAUUAUGACCAAAUUCAUGCAAGCACGCCGAAGACCGGCCAAGUACAUGAAGAGGAAGCAAAAAGUAAAGAAAGCCAGAGCCUCUAGUUCUAAUCCAGCGGGGGUAUCGGAACAAACUGAUGCAAAGCUACCAUGGCUUUUGAAUUUGAUCCCGUCUGUAGGGUUUAGCUUUCCAGAUGUAGGAAAUUCAGUGCAUUCCAUAAUGAAUGCCUUUUUAUCUAUGUAUUUGUGGAGCUAUAACGGUGUGAAAAAGACUCUUAUUUUAAUAAAAAAUGCAUUAGUUCCAUCUCUCAUCUGCCGACGUGAGCUACGCACGCUGAGACAACGCUUACAUAAACUUGAAACUGAGUUUCUCAAGCUGCAGCUGGCACUUCAGAAUAAAGAAUCCAGUUCAACUUUAUCAGGAAAUCCGUGCUGCUGUAGUUGCAGGCAAGCAACAACUGUAUCCUCUUUAAAAGAAUGUAAUGUACAAGCUGUGGCAGAGAAUCCCUUGCUCUCUCUCCCACCACCUCUGCCUCCGCCGCUGCCGCCACCACCUCCACCUCCGGGUCCUCCUCCAAACUUCACACUACUAAAGCGUCUGCCUGUUCUGAAAAAAGUAGAAAGCAACCAACUACCAAAGGUGGCUCUGGCAAAGCAAGAAGGACCCAUAACCAUUACACUUAAAGACCUUCUGAAUGUCAAAUUAAGGAAAGCUAGAGACCACAUAGAAAGACAGAAAGUGGGAUCACAUAGAAGUGAAUGUGUGCCACUGAUCAACAUAACAGAAUUACAAGGUGUAACUGUAAAGAUGGCCCCCAAAAUGCCGCCAAAGCGUCUCACAAAUGUUUUUAAGAGAAUCCUUGUCACCUCUGACAUGGCUGCUCUGCUCUUCAUUCCGCCCUGUUGGUUUAUGUACGUCACCGCCGUCAUUGUCCGACUGAACCUGGAUGGCUCGAUUGUGAAGAAGUGGAGAUGCCUGCAGAAGGGCGUUAGGAAGGAAUACCUUCUGUACCUCCGUAUCCAGGAUCAUCCCCAGGAACGGAAGCCUCCGUGCUGGUUCCAGGUGAGAUUUUGGCAGGUUCAUAAUCCACCCGUGAUCCUGGAGCAGACGUGUGGAGAGGGCAAUGUCAACAUGGUGAGAAGCCCUGGAGGAACUCCGAUGUAUGACAGAGAAAAUAAAGAGAAUGGUACAGGACUAACACCAUUAAUGACAAAGGCUUUAAGGCGAAAAUUUCAAUUGGCUCACCCAAAAAGCCCAUCACCACUGCGACGGUCCCCAUUAAAGCAAGGCCUUGAGGAAGCGCGCUAGUAGCACACUUAGAAAUGGAAUGUUUACCAUGGCACUGUACACUCUCAAUGAGUAAUGGCCACUUUAAACUGUGUGUGUACCUACUUCAAUGCACAAUUGAAUUUCUGUAUUUGAUGAAAGACCACCACUUGCCUCAAUGUAUUUUUACAUAUUUUAAUGUUUUUAAUAAUUGAAAAAGCCACUACUUUGGUUAGUAUCACUUUUUUUACUUACUCUGUCCUUAUUGGACAGAAUAAACUAUGUUUACAUUUUGACAGUAUUUUUCCUUUUUAAAGAUGUAUAGACCUAUAUAUAAAAUACACUUUGCUGCGACUCCUCACUUAGCAGAUGUAUUGUUGGCUAUCUGAAAAGCACGUUGUACCACAGAACGCAAGCUUCCUAAUCUACCAUGCUAGAAUUUUAUUACAACUCACUAUUUGUAUUUGUUUAAUGACCCUAUAUAUUUUCAAUUGUUCAUUUGAAUAUUUACUAGUGUAUAAUAUGUUUGUCUUCUAUAUUUGUGUGUAUGUAUAUAUUAUUGGUUAUUACAACUUAGAAAAUGUCACUAAUUGAGCCAAUGUACUUCCAAAUACCCAUGCAAAAUCAAAUUUAUUUAAUCAAAGCUAAAUUAUAAUAUUAAAUUGCUUCAUUUUUUUUUUUAUUUUGUUAGGCCUGCCUAGUGGUUUAGACAGUUUAAUAUUAUUAAUAUUAAAUUUUUCUCUUACAGAAGGGUAAAAGGACUAUGGGUGGGGUACACGCUUUCUGGGUUAGAGAGCUCUCAUUAGUACAUUUUUCACAACGGUUAUAAACAUGUCGUACAGUAUAUUGUAUCAGUAUACAGAUGGUGUGUUGGGUAUAGGGGAUGUAACAAAGGUUUUAGGAGAAGAGGAUGAAAUGGAUUAAAAAUACUGAGCAGAGAUCUGACAUGUUAAUAAAGCCAUUAGAGUGAUCAUGCCUAAUACUAGAUGUCUGUUAUAGUUUAUUAUUUAGUGCAGUUAGGAUGGGGCAGAUACAUUUUUCUUCAGGUCAGCGCCAUGAGACGUGGUGCAUUAAGGAUGUGACAUAUUCCUCUUUGAGUAUGCUUAGGUUCAUCUGGGAAUGGAGCCAGAAGAAGAGAAUAUGAGCAGCUGGACAAGCAUCUUUUAUUUUUUUUUAAUCUAAUAUGUACAGGGGCGACUUCAGUUGUGGUGCGCGCUUGCUGCUGGCCAUCUAAAAGAAUUGGUGUCUAUCUGCUAUUCAGAUGCCCGUUAUCCACAGCACACGCCUUUUUCUUGCAGUCUCUGGAGGUGUAAGAAAAAAAAUGUGUAAAAAAAAAUCUGCAGUGUGGGUGCCCAAACAGGAACCUGUAACUGCUAAGGGUUCUAAGUAGCAAUUCAAUAGCUCGUAUAGACGGCCAGCAGGGGCUGCGUGCCACAAUUGAAUUGGUCUCUGUUUUUAUUAGUUUAGUCCAGUGCUUCACAAACUUUUUUUAAAUCACGGCGCCCUAGAAUAUCAGAAUUUGUUUCACAGCACCCCUUGGCCAAAUGUUUCUUAUUAGGAAAGUUAGCAAAAAUAUUAAAUUAAGUAAAUUAUGUUUGUCAUCCUUGGGUUCAGUUAUGUGGUGAGGAACAAGAUUUGCUUCUGUUUGUCCACUUGUUUUAUUAUUGGCAGCAACAAGCACUAGUUUUGCUUAUUAUAUUGACAAUAAAUAGUUUGAAUUGGUCCUGGACCAACAAUCUGUGGAACCCUUGCAAGUGUUCCGUGAUUUCCAGGAGCCACGGCACACAGUUUGAGAACCACUGGUUUAGUCUGUAUUUCUAUGUAUUGUCAGCCGUUUAACAACCUAGAUUGAAUUCAGUUUUACACUAAAAUAUUCAUGUCAUGAGAUUAAAUUAAUAUGAAAUGAUGUAAUUUACCUAC